AUGACAGCUCGCAAUGGUGUCGUGCAGCUCGCGCUGUGCGCGAUCUCGAUUUAUACGAUGUUCUUGGUAUGGGGUCUGCUCCAAGAGAAGAUCACAACUACCGUGUACAAGUCGGGCGACGAUCCUUUGGACCCUUUCAACGAGGAUGAGCGGUUCGAGUAUGGUGUCCUGUUGAAUGGUAUUCAGGCACUCUGCUCCUGCUUAGCAGCCUCUUUAUACCUGCUAUACCGCCGUCGCGGCAUACCGUCGCAGGGCCGCGGUCUCUUGGGCCAUCUGGGCCUCGACGUGCUUACUCCCACAGGCUGCCAACAGGCGUUGGUCGCCCGUGGAAAGCGGAAAGCGAACGAGCCACUUCGGGGCCUGCGUAAGUAUGUGUCACCUUUGUGGCAGCAGUAUUUGCUGGUGUCGGCACUGCAAUCGACGGCGUCCUGGCUGAGUAUUGUCGCGCUGCGUCACUUGUCGUUCCCGGCGAUCACACUGGCCAAGUCUAGCAAGUUGGUUCCUGUACUCUUGAUGAAUGUGUUGCUGUACCGCCGCCACUUUGCUGCCUACAAAUAUGUGGUUGUUUUUCUUGUGACGCUGGGUGUGUGGAUGUUCAUGGCGCUCGGUAAGAAGAAAGCGGUCAAGGGACCUAAGGGCAAUAGCGUGCUGGGCAUGACACUUUUGGGCAUUCAUUUGCUGCUGGAUGGUGCUACCAACAGUACACAAGACGAGGUCUUUGAGACGUAUGGGCCGCUUGUGUCAGGUACGCAGAUGAUGCUGGUGAUGAAUGCGAUGUCUGCGUCCUAUAUGGUCACAGCGCUGCUCCUUCCGGAAGGCAUUGUUACGUAUGCAAUGACCCAUAUGCGGAUGCACCUGGCGUCAUGGCUGCAUCCCCACUGGGUGGCCCAGGUCAUUACUGCUGGUCUCUCGCAUCCGACUAUGACAUGGACACCACAGGUCGUAUCGGGGGUCCAGUUUCUCUUGCGUCACCCCGAUGCCGCGCGUGAUGUGCUUCUCUAUGCCUUGGCAGGGGCCGCGGGCCAGAUUGCGAUUUUCGAAACGCUGGAGCGCUUUGGCAGUUUGACGCUGGUCUCCAUUACGGUUACACGCAAACUGUUUACGAUGCUGUUAUCCAUUCUCGUAUACAAGCACCACCUUCGCUCGUUGCAAUGGGUCGGUGUGGCAAUUGUCUUCUCUGGCCUGUUUAUUGAGAUGCGACAAAAGCAGCGCCAAUCAGCCGCGGCUGCUCGAGCCAAGGCGCAGUGA